ACAUCAUUCUCGUACCUAGGUAUCCCCAUCGGCCCAGGUGGACACUUACUCACCAACGAUCUAAUUCAGAACAAUACCAACAAAGCCUUACACACUACGAACACCAUGUCAGCUAUUGGCGUCAAUCAUAAAGGUUUCAAUCAGCUCCUAUCAACACGCUUCUACACCCAAAUUGUGCGCACCCAGCUGGAAUACGGUCUUGCCAUCAGCUCAUUUUCAUCACCCCAAAUUAAACGAAUUUUUGGAGGAAACUCCUGUUCAUUAACCAAGGUCAUGUUACAUCUGACCGACCUUCCAUCCAUGAAAGAGCGUGUUCACCGCCUACAAGGAAAGUUCUUAUUAAGGUCCAUCAAUGGUUCCAGGGAUACCCUGUUAUCGCGGUUUUUACCAUACUUACGUGCUUCAGCUAGUCUGUCUCAUUGGUACAAGCUCUCCAAAACUCCCCUCUGGCAACGCUGCUGCAACUUUAAUAACCCUGACCGCAUCGAUACUCGUGUGUUCAAUACUACCUAUCAUGAACUUCGUGUCGAAAACCUUCAAACACAACGCCAAGCUAACAAUUCGGUUCUCCUCUCCUGUCGCCCUUUUCAUGGUGUUGAUCCAUUUCUUUGGCUACCUAUGACUCCCGUGGAACGCAGUCGAGUUAUACGUUGGCGUCUCAGUUUGUUACCUGGUGGGGUCCCAAAAUCGGGCAUAUAUCACCCUAAUGUCAUGUUUACCCGCAAACACUCAAUAAUAUGCCUUCACAUGCACCGUCGAUUACAAAUGCCCUUCACACACCCUUCUCCCCUUAUAUUUGAUCUGACCCGGGCAAUUCAAUCUCAUAAUGAUUAUGUGCUCAUGUGGGUUUAAAAUUAUUUGCCAAUAAAAAU